AUUCGUGAUCAAGGACAAAAGUUACCCCUUAGAAUAAAGUUUUACGCAAAUCGAAGAGGGGUCGGGGCAACUGCUGUGAGAGUUGGCGGAGAAUUACCCAUGUUUAAAGAAUUUGUCGCUUUUAGACAUUUCGCAUAAAAUUGGUGGUAAACAUGGACACCUAUAAAACUGAUUUUUUUAUUGAAAAAAAAAUUAAAACCGUUUAAUAUUGACAACUAUUUUAAUCAACAUUGAUUUUAAAAAUCCAAAAUAAAAAUUUAAAAAUUAAAAUAAACGGAACUUUGUAAUAUAAUUUUUAACAAAAAUAUUUAAGUUUCUGAUUUAGGGCAAUAGUUUGAUUAGUUAUAAUUCAUUUAUAUAUUUUUUUCUAUGGUUGAUAUUGACUUUUUAUAAAUAGUUUUUUAUUUCAAAUCAUGCUUUAGAUCAGAAAUGCCUCUUAUUUAAAUUUUGGAAAAGUCGGGAAUUUGAAAAUGGGAUUUGAGUGGUCACCCUGUGAGUAAGGUCUGUACAAUUUUAAAAUUCUAAAAAUAUUGUUUUUUUUUUUUCAUUUGGUCACCGAUAUAGCUUUAUUUUUUAAGCCUAAUGACACAAAUUUUGAAAUGGAUUUGUAAAUUAAUUUUGAAUAAUCAGCUAUUGGACAAAAAAUAUCAUCUUGUGACAAAAAUUAUCAUCUUGUGACAACUCGUUCCAAGCGGACCACAGUUAAACAGGUAUCAGACUAUGACAAUCAAUCAAAUAAACAAACUCGCACUUUUUGACAAUUUGGCAGUUUGUCUGUUUUGUUUGUUUGCAGAAACGUCAGCCGGCAUACAUUUGACUUUGUUGGUGAGUUUGCCGCAAACUGCUUUGCAAGUUUGGCAAGCUGUCAAACACGAAAAAGCGCGAAUUAGUUUAUUUGUCAUAGUCUAAUACCUGCUUCAAUCAAGCACAAAAUGUGGUCUAUCGUCACAAUCGUGGAGGCUGUCAAAAAAUACAUGGUAAAAAAUUAUGUAAAUUUGGAAAUUUCAAAAUUGAAAAGCUAAAAAUUACUUCUUAGUUGUAAUAUUUCCUAAAUACAGGUGGCAUUACAACGAAUUAUUGGUAAAUUUACACAUUUUUAGAGGGAAAAUUUCACAUUUCUUCUAACAUAUCAUAAAAGAUCAUUUCCAGAUGUAAUAUUACCAUGAUUUUUUUUUACUAUGUAGGUUUUGUCAAUUUUACAAACAAAGUCUCCCUCAGAGGAAAACAAGCUUGAGUAAAGCUAAGUUAACUUUAUAAACUAACUUUGUAUAACAUUCUUGGACUAGAGCUGAAGAGAUCUCCCCAACUCUAAAAAAACACAAAUCGAAAAACAACUCUAACUCAAUUCAGCGGCGGCCUGAGCGCGGACAGUCACCUCAAUUGACACCGGCUUCGAACGAGAGAUGCAGCCCACCAGACAUCGACGACAUUCGUCUCGACCAGUUGAGGUGUGCUGUGCUGCGCUGCGCUCGUCCAAGACCCAGUGACCUUUCCCUGAUGGGGGGGUCUUCUCUGACUACAAAUUUAACUCAAUUAGUGCACGUAUCAGCAGCAGCUGUGGGUAAUUGCUUCUCGAUUCGGAUGAUUGACCACCGCUAAGGUGGCUCGAUCCGUCGUUUUAGUUUUGUUUCAGCCGUCGCGAAGUUCGGGACACUUUAAUUUUCUCGCGUAUUUUCCCCCCAAGAAGAAAAGGUUGCCUUUGUAGCUAAAAGCACACGGAGAAGAGAGCAAGUGAAAUCUAGUUAUUCUUCGGCAUUCGGAUGCGAAACGUAUCGCGAACGGCUAAAGUGAUUGGAUAAUCAAAAGAGUAGUAAUUAUGAUCGCGAAAGGACGGCUCCUUCCAGUGGCACUGCUAUUUUUCGUAAUGCCACUGCUGGAGUUCUCGUCGGUAGAAGAUGUAGCAGAAGAACAGAAGCAACUCGUAGUGGAUCCGGAGUAUACGGAUGAUGAGCAACGUAACUGCCACAACGUGGACAUUCGAAACAAUCUGGCACGGUUGGCACUUAUCAAGAACUGUACCGUCAUCACCGGCUUCCUGCAGCUGGUGCUGAUCGAGCGAGUUCCGCAGCAGGACUUUGCCGAGUACAGGUUCGACAAGCUAAGGGAGGUAACCGGAUUUAUCCUCUUUUUCCGCGUCUUCAACCUGGUCACGCUACGCGACAUGUUCCCAAACUUGAUGAUGAUACGGGGACAAAAACUGAUCGGCAACUACGCGCUGAUAUUCUACGAUCUGCGAGAUUUUCACGAGAUCGGUCUCAAGAAUCUGUACUCCAUCCAGCGGGGCUUCGUCUACAGCCAGUGGUGCCCGAAUCUUUGCUACACCGACAAGAUUGACUGGGCCAGCAUCACGCAGAGUUCGAACCGGACGAGCCGCGAUCUGAACAUGUUCCAGAAGAACAGCGCGACGUGCAACAAGACGGAAUGUCCCGGGUGUGAAAAGCCGUUUUGCUGGACGAAUCUAAGCUGCCAGAAGUUUCACACGGGGUACAGCUACAAAGGAAAGUUACCCAAGUACAAGUGCCACGAGCAGUGUCUGGGUGGGUGCUACAACGGCACAGCUGAAGGGUGCUACGUGUGUCGAGGGCCAAAAGAAGGGAAGCGCUGCGUGGAAAAGUGUUCGCCGGACAAAGUGCUGUUCCACGACAGUCUACGGUGCAUCAGCAAGCAAAAGUGCAUUAAUCGGGGUGGAUUGGUCUUCCGCGGGGAAUGUUUGGAUGAAUGCCCAGCGGGGUACAGUCCGGACAACGUGGAACAGGUGGAUGCCGAUUUCUCCAACCACACUUGCUAUCCGUGCCACAAUCGAUGUCCAAAGAUUUGCGAGGGAAUGCAGGUUAUGUAUCUGUCGGAUGCCGUUCAGCUGGCUGGAUGUACGAUCAUCAACGGUACGCUGCAGAUCCGGCUGCUCGAUGAUCAUCCGAAUGUGUUGGAGGAACUAAGGGAGAACCUCGGUGGGAUUGAGGAAAUUAUGGGCUACUUGAAAGUGUAUCGUUCGAACACGUUGUCUUCGUUGGAUUUUCUCGAAAACUUGGCCGUUAUUCAUGGCUUACACCUAGGUAACGAUAAUUAUUCGUUGAUGGUGUAUGAGAACGCGAAUCUUCAAAAGCUGUGGAACUUUGAGUUCAAGUCUUCGCUAAGAUUAUUGGCGGGAAGCAUGUAUUUUGUGUAUAAUCCACUACUUUGCUACUCCCAAGUCAGGCUUCUCCAAGGUAUUACGAUGUACAAUAGUACAAGCGAUUUGAUCGAUCGUAACACGUUGGGAUUCAUGCAGUCCUGCAACGUGGUUCCACUCGUGAUACGAUUUGCAGUUUUAAGCAGCAGAAACGUUACCAUCUCCUGGACAAAAUAUCGUCCCCAACAAAAGCAACAGUUGGUGGGGUUCAUAAUUUACUUCACAGCCACGGAGUUCAAACGAUCCCCACAUGAUGGCCGUGACAUUUGUUCCGAAUACAGCUGGCAAUCGAAGCUGGUCCUUAUGAAGGAAAUCGUCUCGGAAGGUGCUUACUACAGUUACAAUCUAACCGGGCUCAAACCUAGCACCCGCUAUGCGUAUUACGUAAAGACUUAUAUUUCCGACGACAGUCCAACGAACACGACCACCACGGACAUGCGGAUCGGCCAAUCCGAUGUGAAGUAUUUCGUCACCAAAAUCGAUCGACCAACCCAACCUCUAACGGUUUACACGGUCCGCAAAACCGAUCACUCGAUAACGUUUUCGUGGAAAAUUCUGACGUCCGAGGUUCGGCUCGUGAAGCGCUUCAUGGUGGACGUCUUCAUCCAACCGGACGAGCGCGCUCUCCUUGAUCAGCGCAACUAUUGCGUACAUCCGCAUGACUUUGACAAUGACGAAUCUGACGGUGACGUGUUCAAAACGUUAUCGGAAACUUGCACGGCCGAGCAGUGCUGCACCGGGAAUGACUUCAUGGCCAAUGUCCCGGAUAUGUCCAGAAAAAAACGCUCAACCACAGCCAAUCAACCUUCCUUCCUCCAAGACGAGUUUCAGCAGAAGAUGUACAGAUUUCUGGAAGGACCUUCCUCCCAAGACCCUAUCUUGGCACCCCAUCGCGCCAAGCGUGACUCCGAACUGGUAAACCGUGUCCACAACCACAGCUUCGACGCCACCCUCGGUGAGUUCACCGUAUCCAACCUGCUUCCCUACACGUACUACACGUUCCAGCUGUUUGCCUGCAGCGCAGAUGAGCUUGAGUUCUGCAGCGCCUACAGCAUUUACUCGGAUCGUACGGCGCCGUCCCCCGUCGUAGGAACCCUAACCCUAACGGUCAUCAAACAACCCGAAGGAGCAUCAAACAUCGUGCUAACCUUCACGGAACCCGUCCUCGUUAACGGAGCCGUCGUAGCGUACAACAUCGAACUUAAAUCCAUAGCCCAAACGGUUUCCGUUGAACGUCACGAAUGCAUUACGCGGUUACAGCACGAACAGGCUGGAGGCCGGUACGUGUUUGGCAAUUUAACCGCCGGGGAGUACAUGGUUCGGGCGCGGGUCAUUUCGUUGGCCGGACCGGCCCCGUUCAGUGAUUGGUACUUUGCCGAGGUGGUGUGGCGCGAGCCACUGAAGGAGGACAAAUCGGUGCGGAACGGGUUGAUAACGUUCGGGGUGCUGCUGGGGCUGAGUGUGGUGUUGAUUGGGUUGUACGCGGCGUAUCACCGGUUCAAGACUCACCACGACGAUAAGGCUCCGCUGGUGGAGGACGACGGGAAUGCGCUGGUCGAUGAGGACGGGUUUGUGGAUUGUGCGUUGAGAUAGGAAGGUUGAUGUAUGUAAUUAAUCUUUGGGUAUGGAUUUGCAUAUCCAAGCAUGGGAAAUAUUUCGAAAAUAAUAGGUACUCCAACAUUCUUCAGAAUAUAUAUUUAUUUUUGGAUCUUUAUCAGGUGAUUUUGGACUUUGUUAUAGGCUUUGUAGAUAAAUCAAAUACAGUUAUUAACUUUGUUAUCAUCUUA